AGGCCGGAACUGGACAGGCUGUGGGAAGCGCAGGGUUUUGACAAAAACAAACGGCGACGGCGCUACCGCAGGGUCUAUGGCCGAGGCGGUGAGGCCCCCGCGCCGGGCCAAGGCCAAGGCCAGCCGGACUAAAACCAAGGAAAAGAAGAGAUCUGAAACUCUUCAGAGGGAAGAAUCUGAUGAAGUCUCCCUUCCAAAAACCUCCAGAGAGCUGGAAAUCCCUACUCCAGCUUGUGGAUUCAAAGGAGACUGUCUGAAGGUGUUAACUGAUUCCCAGCUCCAGAAUGCUGCCAGUGGACAAAACGAGAGUGAAAUGUUUGAUGUACCACUCACCUCCUUAACUAUAAGCGAUGAAGGGUCCCUGACAUGGAACACAGAGACCCUAAAGGAAGGGGAGGAGGUCAGAGCCUGUGUUGGGGAUGAUGCAGUGAAGCUGAAGGUUGACCCUGGAGACAAUGUCGGAACCAAAGUAGAAGCUCCCAAGAACUUUACAGAAGUAGAGGAAAAUAAGUUGGUACAGUGUGGACCUUCUGAAAGCACCUUGCAGUCUAAUUUUUCUUAUACUCAGCAGGAAAUGGAAAAUUUACAGGUCAGAGAAACUCAGAAAAAGAAAGACAAGCAAGCCUUGGGUUUUUCUUCAGAGGUGCUACAAAAUGUUCCCUUGCAGAGUUCUUGUGAAGCCAAAGACAUUUUUCAGCCACCUAGAGUGAAAAAACUAUAUCCUCAGUUGCCAGCCGAAAUUGCUAGAGAAGCACCAGCUUUGGUGGCAGCGAAACCCUUGUUUUGUAAUGAGCGACUCUACCCAGAGCUCCCAUCUCAACCAGAACUAGUACCAUUUACUAAAGAACAGCUAAAAAUCUUUGAGCCUGGUUCAUGGCUGGAAAAUGUUGAGUCAUAUUUAGAAGAAUUCGACAGCAUGGCUCAUCAGGACAGGCAUGAAUUUUAUGAGUUGCUUUUGAACUACUCACGAUGUAGGAAGCAGCUGCUGCUGGCUGAAGCUGAGCUGCUUGCCCUGACGUCUGAUUGCCAAAAUGCGAAAAGUCGACUGUGGCACUUUAAGGACGAACAGUUGUCUGUGCAGGUAUCUAAAGCUUUUGGGAGCCUGGGGCAUUUGCAGUGGAGCUGCUUCUCUUGUGAUACCAUCCAGGGUAUCUGUGCAGAUCAAGUGAAAGUUUCAGGCUAUCAUCGCUACCAGAGAGUAGAGAUGAAUGAAAAUGCACUGGGGGAGCUAAAGAAGCUAUUUGAUGCCAAAUCUGAGCACCUCCACCAGACCCUCGCUCUGCAUUCAUACACCUCUGUGCUCUCAAAGUUGCAAGUGGAGUCUUACAUUUAUGCCUUACUCAAUGGUUCAGCUCUUCUGAGAUCUUUCGCAAUUCAAGGCCGAGCUUGUAAACAGACAGAAAGCUUUCCCUCUGACCUGUGUCAGCUAAAGGAGUGCAUCAGUGUCUUAUUCAUGUUCACCAGAAGGGUUAAUGAAGAUACUCAGUUCCAUGACGAUAUUCUUCUCUGGCUGCAGAAAUUGGUGUCAGUGUUACAAAGAGUUGGCUGUCCUGGCGAUCACUUCUUCCUUUUAAACCAUAUUCUUCGAUGCCCAGCUGGUGUUAGUGAGUGGGCUGUUCCUUUCAUCCAGAUCAAAGUGUUGAAUAAUCCAUCAGGGGUCUUUCAUUUUAUGCAGUCCCUUGCCCUGCUAAUGUCUCCUGUCAAAAAUCGAGCGGAGUUCCUGUGCCACAUGAAGCCUAGUGAGCAGAAGCCAUCCUCCUCAGGGCCUGCAUCCGGGACAUGGACACUAGUAGAUGAGGGAGGAGAAGAGGAUGAAGACCCCGAGACCAGUUGGCUUCUCCUUAAUGAAGAUGACUUGGUUAUCCUUUUAUCCCAGUUUCCGUUCCAUGAACUCUUUCAACAUCUUCUUGGGUUUAAAGCAAAAGGUGAUUAUUCACCUGAAACAACAAGACCUCAAGAGAUGAUGAAAAUUUUUGCCUUUGCUAACUCACUAGUGGAGCUUCUGGCUGUGGGGUUAGAAACCUUUAAUAGGGCACGCUACAGGCAGUUUGUGAAGCGAGUUGGUUAUAUGAUCAGGAUGACCCUUGGUUAUGUGAGCGACCAUUGGGCGCAGUUUGUGAGCCACAACCGAGGCUUGGGUUUGGCCCAGCAGCCUUACUCCGUGGAGAAACUACAGGUUGAAUUUGAUGAGCUGUUUCUGAGAGCUGUCCUACACGUGCUGAAAGCCAAAAGACUUGGCAUUUGGCUGUUUAUGUCGGAAAUGCCCUUUGGGACGCUGUCGGUCCAGAUGCUCUGGAAGCUCUUCUACCUCAUGCACCAGGUGGAGAGUGGGAAUCUGGAGAAACUCUGCGUCACUCUCCCGCCUGCUGAGUGCAAGAAGCAGCUCCAAGACCCAGAACACUUUGUGAACUUUGAGAAGUGUCUGUCUGCCAUGAAUAGCUCAGAAGAGAUUUGCCUUCUGACUACAUUUGCUCAGAUGGCUCAGGCCAGAAGAACCAAUGUGGAUGAAGACUUCAUAAAAAUUAUUGUUCUGGAGAUAUAUGAGGUAUCUUAUGUCACCCUGUCUACCAGAGAGACUUUUUCAAAGGUUGGUCGAGAGCUCUUAGGGGCCAUCACAGCUGUUCACCCUGAGAUAAUUUCUAUCAUUUUGGAUCGAGUUCAAGACACUAUUGACCACGUGGGAAUGGUUUCUUUAUACUUGUUUAAAGAACUGCCUUUGUAUCUCUGGCGACCAUCUGCCUCUGAGAGAGCUGUGAUUCGGGAUUGGUUAUUGAAUUAUAACCUGGCAAUGGUGAAGAAUAAAUUGGCCUGCGUUAUUCUAGAAGGACUCAAUUGGGGAUUUGGUGAACAGGGUACCCUUCAUCUGGAUCAAGCAGUCCAUGCUGAAGUGGCUUUAAUGAUUCUUGAAGCGUACCAGAAAUACCUUGCACAGAAGCCAUAUGCCGGGCUUCUUUCUGAAAGUAUGAAGCAGGUUUCAUAUUUGGCCAGUAUUGUUCGAUAUGGAGAGACACCUGAGACCUCAUUUAACCAGUGGGCCUGGAACUUGAUCUUGAGGUUAAAACUGCACAAAAAUGAUUAUGGAAUACAGCAGAAUUGUCCAACUGUUCCCUUCUCCAGCACUGUGCCUGACAUGACAGAGUCACCCACGUUUCAUCCUCUCUUGAAGGCUGUUAAGGCGGGCAUGCCCAUCGGCUGUUACCUGGCUUUAGCUAUGACCACCGUGGGCCACAGCAUUGAGAAGUUCUGUGCCGAAGGCAUCUCACUGUUAGGAAUUCUGGUCCAGUCGAGGCAUUUGAGAACAGUGGUUCAUGUCCUGGAUAAGAUCCUGCCUUUGUUCUACCCUGGCCAGUAUUACCUUCUGAAGAACGAGCAGUUUCUGUCACACCUCCUCCUGUUCCUACACCUGGACAGUGGUGUCCUUCAGGGUGUCACACAGCAGGUCACCCACAAGGUGGCACAGCACCUGACAGGAGCCAGCCAUGGGGACAACGUGAAGCUUCUCAACAGCAUGAUCCAGGCCCACAUAUCUGUAAGCACGCAGCCCAAUGAAGUGGGCCCCGUUGCCGUGUUGGAGUUCUGGGUUCAGGCUCUAAUAAGCCAGCAUCUUUGGUACCGAGAACAAGCCAUCCUCUUCCUCAUGGACCAGUUGUGUAAAACAGCUUUUCAGCUGAUGCAGGAAGACUGUGUGCAGAAAUUACUUUACCAGCAACAUAAGAAUGCUCUGGGUUACCACUGUGAUCGGAGUCUGCUCUCUUCUUUGGUGAGCUGGAUCGUGGCUGGCAACAUCACUCCUUCCUUCGUGGAGGGCUUGGCCACGCCCACCCAGGUCUGGUUCGCCUGGACAGUACUGAACAUGGAAUCCAUCUUUGAAGAAGACUCCCAGCUCCGUCGAGUUGUCGAAGGGGAAUUGGUGAUAAACUCAGCUUUUACCCCUGACCAAGCUCUGAAGAAAGCCCAGGCCCAGCUGAAGCUCCCCAUCGUCCCAUCCCUGCAGAGGCUGCUGAUUUAUCGUUGGGCGCACCAGGCCCUUGUCACACCUUCUGAUCACCCUCUUCUGCCUCUCAUUUGGCAGAAGUUCUUCCUCCUGUAUCUUCAUCGCCCAGGACCGCAAUAUGGGUUACCCAUAGAUGGUUGUAUUGGAAGAAGGUUUUUUCAAAGCCCUGCUCAUAUCAGUUUGUUGAAAGAAAUGAAGAGGCGCCUGAUGGAGGUGGCAGACUUCCACCAUGCUGCGAGCAAGGCCCUCCGCGUUCCAGCAGAGGGCAGUGAAAGGCCACCUGCCAGCCAGGCUGGCACCCCCGGCUACCUGACUUCACCAGAGCUGCACACGGAGCUCGUGAGGCUCUUCAAUGUGUAUAUAGUAUGGCUGGAAGAUGAGAAUUUUCAAAAAGGAGAUACUUACAUCCCUUCUCUACCAAAGCAUUACGAUAUUCACAGGCUAGCAAAAGUGAUGCAGAAUCAGCAGGAUCUGUGGAUGGAGUAUUUGAACAUGGAGCGCAUACAUUAUGAGUUCCAGGAAACCGUUGGUCUGUGGACACAGGCCACACUGGAAUCCCAUUCUCCGCCCUGCAGCUUGUUGAUGCAGCUGGACGUCACUGAUCCUUUGUUGGCUAAAGAAAGGGUUUUAAGUAACUUGCGGAAGCAUGAGGCUCCCCAGCCUCCCCUUGACCUGCACCCAGUGAGGCCUCCUGUGCCAGUCAUUUCCUCAGCCGUGCUCCUGAGUCAGAAGGACGCCACCCAGCUGGUGCGCACGGACCUGAAUGUGUUGCAGCAGCAGGCCAGAACUGCAGCUCUUCGAGAAUCCCAGCAGGUUGCCCUGGAGAGUGAGCUGUUGGACACAAUGCCCAAACAGUACGUGAACAGGGAAGAACAGGCCACUCUGCAUUUGGAGUGUAGAGGUAGUAGCGGUAAGAAAUGCCAAGGACCAGCCGUUGUCACAGUUCAGUUUGAAGGUAUGCAUAAAAAUGAAGCAAUAAGCCAGCAGCUUCAUGUUUUGCGAAAAGAAGUGAAGCAGUUGCAAGCCGAAGCUGCUAAACCACCAUCACUUAAUACUGUGGAAGCUGCGGUCCAUGCAGAAAACUUGAUUACGGCCUUAGUGAAUGCCUACAAGUUGCAGCCUACUCCUGGGGUUCAGAAGGUUGGCAUUAGCCUCUUCUUUACUGUUGUGGAUUAUGUCAGUGAUGAAACUCAGCGUCAUCCUCCCACAAGGCAGUUCUUUACAUCAUGCAUUGAGAUCUUGGGACAGGUGUUUAUCAGCGGCACUAAGUCAGAAUGCAGGAAAGUACUGGAGACCGUUCUGAAGAAUAGAAGGCUCUGCUCUCUGCUGUCUCCUUUCUUCACUCCCAAUGCUGCACCCGCGGAAUUCAUUCAGCUCUAUGAGAAAGUGGUGAAGUUUCUAAGUGAGGACAACAGUGAUAUGAUUUUCAUGCUGCUGACCAAGUUCAAUCUUAAGCAAUGGUUAAACACCACUAAACCUCCUCUGUCUGAUCGUACCAGGCUUCUGGAGUCCAUUCAUUUGGCACUUACUGCCUGGGGUCUUGAGCCAGAUGAAGAUAUUUUGAUGCCAUUUAAUCUUUUCUGUAAGCACUGGACUUACCUUCUUCUCUAUCAGUUCCCUGACCAGUACAGUGACAUUCUCAGGCUGCUGAUGCAAAGCUCCGCCGAGCAGCUGCUGAGCCCCGAGUGUUGGAAAGCCACUCUGAGAGCCCUGGGCUGCUGUGCCCCAAACUGCCAGCAGGGGGCAGCUUCUGCAGAGAGCUCAGUGCUUCAGAGCUCUCCAGAUGUUCUCUUGUCUGACAAGCAGGUAGUGGAGACUAUACAGUGGCUUUCAAACUUUUUUUAUAAGCUUCGGUUAUCCACAUUGGACUUUAAAAGCUUUGGUUUAUUCUCAAAAUGGAGUCCUUACAUGGCUGAUAUGAAGACACUCUUGGGCUAUCUUGUAAAACGGCUGCUUGAUUCAGAAAUGGCCUGCUUGGCUCAAGACGCAUUUCCCAGCAGCAAAACAGUGCUGAGAUCCCUACAUUCAGUAAUCAUCCAGCUCUUUAAGCCAUGGAUCUUGGUUUUGGAGGACCAUGAAAGCAGCCAACGACAUUACCCCUGGCUGGAGAGUGAUGCUGUGGUGGCCUUAAGCAUUGUGCAGUUGUUCACGGACUGUAUUGACUCUUUGCACGAGAGUUUUAAAGAUAAGCUGUUGCCAAGUGAUGAAGGAGCCCUUCGGUUACACCUGAUGCAUUAUUGUGAAGCGUGUACAGCCCCCAGAAUGCCAGAGUUCAUUCUGUACGCCUUCCAUAGUGCCUACCGGAGACUCCCAUGGAGGGACCUGCACCCUGACCAGAUGCUCAUGGAGGCCUUCUUCAAAGUGGAACGAGGAAGCCCUAAGAGCUGCUUCUUAUUUUUGGGGUCUGUCCUGUGCGAAGUCAACUGGGUCAGUGUGCUCUCUGAUGCCUGGAGCCCCAGUCCCCACCCAGAGACCCGGAGCAUGAUUGUCUGCCUCCUUUUCAUGAUGAUUUUAUUGGCAAAGGAAGAUCAGCUGGUAGACCAAGCAGAUUCACCUCUCCUGAACCUCCUCGGACAAACAAGCUCACUCUCGUGGCAUCUCGUGGAUACCGUGUCCUACCAGAGCGUGCUCAGUUAUUUCAGCAGCCAUUACCAGCCAGCCAUCAUCCUGGCAAAGGAAUCUUCUGCAGAAUUAAUCAUGAAGCUCCUAAGAGUGUCUGCGGGCCUUUCCAUUCCUACUGACAGCCAGAAACAUCUUGAUGCAGUUCCAAAGUGCCGAGCCUUCACUCAUCAGAUGGUUCAGUUCCUCAGCUCCCUGGAACAAAAUGGAAAAAUCACCUUAGCAGUCCUAGAAACGGAGAUGUCUAAGCUCUUGGAUGAUAUCAUCGUCUUUAACCCACCUGACAUGGACAGCCAAACCCGCCACAUGGCCCUCAGCAGCCUCUUUAUGGAAGUCCUAAUGAUGAUGAACAAUGCGACUAUUCCAACGGCAGAGUUCCUCCGGGGCAGUGUCCGGACCUGGAUUGGACAGAAAGUGCACGGGCUGGUGGUCCUGCCCCUCUUAACAGCAGCCUGUCAGAGCCUGGCUUCCGUCCGCCACAUGGCCGAGACCACGGAAGCCUGCAUCACUGCCUACUUCAAAGAAGGUUCCCUCAAUCAGAAUUUAGGAUGGGGCCCCAUUCUGGUGUCCCUUCAAGUUCCUGAGCUUACCAUAGAAGAAUUUCUGCAGGAGUGCCUGUCCCUCGGCAGUUACCUGACUCUUUAUGUCUACUUGCUUCAGUGUUUAAAUAGUGAACAGACUCUAAGGAACGACAUGAAGGUGCUGCUCAUCUUAAGCAAGUGGUUGGAACAGGUGUAUCCAAGCUCCACGCAGGAAGAGGCCAAGCUGUUUUUGUGGUGGCACCAAGUCCUGCAGCUGUCCCUGAUUCAAGCGGAGCAGAGUGACUCGGUCUUGACAGAAUCUGUCAUUCGAAUUCUGCUCAUGCUUCAGAGCAGGCUGAGCCUGCUGGCCGAGGAGAGGCUCAGCUCUGGGAUUCUGGGGGCAAUUGGGCUGGGCCGGAAGUCACCCCUGUCUAACAGGUUCCGAGUGGUUGCUCGAGGCAUGGCCGCCUUCCUUUCAGUUCAGGUUCCUUCCGAGGAUCAGAUCCGUUUGAAGCCUGGCACGGAAUUACAUCUGACCCCAAAAGCUCAGCAGGCUCUGACUGCUCUUGAAUCCUUGACGUCAAAUAAGCAGUAUGUUGAAUACCAGGAUCAGAUAUCGCAAGCUGCACAAUUUAUAAAGCAUCCUGGCCAUUGCCUCCAAGAUGGGAAAAGCUUCCUGGCUCUUCUUGUUAACUGUCUCUAUCCAGAAGUGCAUUAUUUGGACAACAUACGAUAGUAACACUGAGUAUCUCAAGAAACCCUGUUGCUGUUUACGUUUACAUUUAACUUUGCUGUUGCACAAGUAACUUCGCUCAGUCUCACUGCAGAGCUCAGUUUGGCCAAUGAGUUUGUUGACUGCAGUGCAAGUCGGGAGGCACUAGAUAAUUCUGUUGCGCAUGCGCACGUGUGUGCCUGUGUCCGUGCGUGUGCGUGUGUGUGUGUCUUCUUAGUUCUUGAAACUUCUUGGGGCCUUUUUAGUUUUUAUGUUCACCCGACAGGAGAAACUUACUGAGUCCCACUUGGGCACAGAACCACUCUCAGCUGCUGGAGCCCCAGUCACCUCACAGGACCUCGCACAGAGCUCUUCUGUGUCUCCAUUUCUGUCUUCCCUAUUUUAUUUAAAUCUCGAGACUGCUGUGCCAGAUCUAACCGCUUUGGGAGUCAUGUAGAACCCUCACUUUUGAACCCCAUUUGUGUUCUUUCCAGGUAAAAAAAGCUUAGAAAAUUUCUGCAUUUCUCACAGGUGGGGAAAUACACCAGCUUAAAAGUAUCACUUCCCGCAGAAUGGAGAUAAGAAUGCUGAAUUAAAGUGAGUCAUUGUCUAAAAUGGGGCCACUUGAUCCUGAUUGUAGUGGACAGCAGAGACGGUGACAAGUCCAUUUCCAUCCAGCUGUGGUCCUUAUGGAGAAGGAGACAUCCCUGUCAACCGAGGUGGCACACUGGUGGCGUGUUUUGUAUGACCCCCAUGGUGGAGAGUGUGGUCACUGUAGACAUAAUCUCUGUAGAGCCUACCCCAGCCCAUUCCCUCACUCAGGUCACUUCCUCCGUCCCUGUAGACAUCAGGCUUGAAAUCGGAAGGCCUUGCUGUCUAGAAAGAGACAGAGUCUGAGAACUUGAUGCUCUGGGUCCCUUUGUGUUUCUUCAUUCCACAUAUAAAGUCAGAUGAAGUUAGCACACCUACUGAAGCACUUGUCCAUGGAAAUUGGGCUUUUCCCAGUAGCCCUGUGCCUUCUGUUGUUGGUAACAGUUCACUCAUUACCAGCGCCUUUCUGUAGUGUGGCCUUGUUCUGUCGCCAGCUUCUUGCUCUCGUCAUUUCGCCCCCUGGAAUGAAAGUUUGACUUUUGUCUUCCUAAUUCUCUUGGCUCAGAAUUGGUUUUGUUUGUUCAGCUUGCAUAAUAUGUCUUCUGUUCAUGGGUUACUUACAACCCAAGGGUAUUUACCUAAAAAUAUCUGAACUGAGAGCUCUUAGCAGGGGGUAGGGAUCUAGGUUAACGGAGUGAUAAUCUCUCUUUCAGAUACCCUAUGUAGUACUUCCCCCAACAUGUGGAAGUGUGCAGGAGCUGUUCUUCAUUUCAAACUUCUCUAGUUGGACAGAACACUUCUGCCUCACAGAGCUCAUCCCCGUGCAGCCUCCGAGUUUGUGUAGGUCACGAGGUGUCCGUCUCAGAGGGGCGCGUCACAGAGCUAGCCUGGGGCGUUUUGCUUCUCUCCACUUUCAACAUCAGGCAGCUUCCCUGUGCUGUGUAAGAAAGCGUUAGAAGCUGUGAGCAGUUUGGUGGCCGAUUUGGCAACAAAGAUUUUAUGACAGGAGGGGUUUUGUGUGCUCUUUUCUCUGAGGAAGCUGUAAUUAUUGGUAUCCUAGAAUGUGAACAUUUUUGAGUGACAGUAUGUACAUUUUAAAGAAAAUUAUGAUUAUUAAUUUUCGAAGGUUUGUAAUAUUUAUAAUGUGUUUGGUCUGUAAAAAUCAUAAAAAAUAAAACCAACCUUUGGUUGUAGCUGGCAAGACUACGAAUUUUAGGGAUCUCACACUAUCUUGUCAAGUAUUUCAGUUAAAGUCAGUGCAGGCUUUCGUGCCUGAUGUCCUCUAUUUCAUUUGACACUGGAACUUGAUUAUCAUAGGGGGUCGGUGAAAGCGCCUCCUCUCUAACUCCUUCGGGCUUAGCAGCAGUGGGAGCUUGGCUCACCGCUUGCUUCCUCCGAGCUGCUCUGGGCCAAGAAAGCGCUUUAAAGACCGUGAGAUGCUUCAGAAGGUGGCAGCGCUGCUGCAGCCUCCUGGGGCGGAAGAGACCGGCCUCCCCGUUGGCUUUCAGGAGUAACGCGCCUUUGCUGCCGAAAGUAGUCGGCCUCCGGAGCGCGCGGGGCCGGUUUUGGACGCUGUUACCCGUGCUGUGCAUGGCUGUCCGGAUCCAGCCGGCCCCAGGCCGCCCGCUCCGAGCAGUGCUGGAGGCCCGCUGGCCCACACCUGCCCACACCUGCCCUGCACCUGCCACGGCGGCGCCUGCUUCCCACAGGGAUGUCUGGCAGCUUCCUGGCCCAUGACGAGCACCUCCCCUGCUUCUGCCCCCCCCCCCCCCCCCCCCCCGUCUCCCCCAGCUCUGCAGCACACAGAGCUCGGUCCGAGAGGCACCCUCGGUCUCCCUCUCCAGUCUCCCACGCCUGUAACAAGUGAACAUGGCGGAAAGCUGGGAGGCGCAGACGCUGAGGACAGGAGGUGGUGCUGAUGUGUGUGCCCAGCCUGCUGGAGGAUUUGGGACCCACCCCGCAUGUUCCCAAAGCUCCUGGGCACGCAGAGAACCUCAUGAUCUGUUUGGGGCUCAGUCACAUCUGCUUCCUGGGGUUGCAGGAGUCGGUCAGUUCUGAGGCGGGGGCAAGCCUAUCCAGAAGAUGCAAACCCCCAGAGUAGCCUAACCUCACUUUAACCAAGUGCCAACCGCGUUCCUCCCGGUCGGUUACUAAAAUCAGUGUGUCCACGUUGUACAAGGUAGAGUGUGCAUGGCCUUUCUUCCUUUUGAAUGAAGGUGAUACUCCGUUUUCUACUGGGUUUUUAAUACUAAGCUUAAUGAUUUCUUCUGGAGCAGGAAGCAAAUGCUGUACAAUCGUGACUGAAGUCAGCAGGGACAUUAAAGCUCAUCUGGUCCCACUUCUCAUUCAGCAGGGAUCCCCAGCCCUGCUCUUCAGCCUCCCCUGCUGACCCCCUCCUGCCUCUCCUUUGCCCCUCCCUGUCAGCCCCCAGGCCAGUAGUCCCCCCCUUCGUGGGCAAGGCCAGGUGGCCCGUGACCAGCUCUCUCUGUAGUUCUACUUUACGUAGCACCAAAGCUGGCCUGAUAACAUCGGUAACGGUUUGGCAGGAGCAGGCCAGGCCGGGGCUGCUCUCCUCCUCCUCCUGGGACAAAUCUUCCAACACUCCCAGACCUCCUCACACCUCUGGCCCCACCCGUCCACCUCUUAGUCUUCAGGCUAAAUGCUCAGUGCCUUCAGUUGGCCCUCUUCCACCCAACGUCUAACAGGGCUGCUCUUUGGGGAAAGUGCCCGCGUUAGCCCAUGGUACUCCAAAAGGGCCGUGUCCACGAGUAGCAGGGCCAGGACUUGGGAGACCGAUGAGGCUCCAAGGGCACAAACUGGAGGCGGCACUCACCUGCAGGCAUCUGGAGAGUGUGCUUCCUUCCGUUCCGUGCCCUCCGCCUGGCCCCUGCCCUGGGCGAGGGCCCAGCAGCCACGUCCACUGCCCGGGCCCCGUGGACAGCAUCGGCUCUCAGCAGCUGUGCCCCGCGGUUUCUCACCUGUCAGCACGAUGAGCUUAUAAUAAGGCUUUGCAUGUUAUCUUUUAAAACUGCUCUUCACGGGGCGCCUGAGUGGCUCAGUCGUUAAGCGUCUGCCUUCGGCUCAGGUCAUGAUCCCGGGGUCCUGGGAUCGAGCCCCGCAUCGGGCUCCCUGCUCAGCGGAAAGCCUGCUUCUCCCUCUCCCACUUCCCCUGCUUGUGUUCCCUCUCUCGCUGUCUCUCUCUGUCAAAUAAAAUCUUUAAAAAAAAAAAAAAAAA